AUGAAACUCCAGUAUGCAGAAGGGAAGCUAAUCCAGCUUUUCCCCCAAUUAUUUUAUCAGCAGCCAAGAGUGCUGGCUCCAAAGAAAGUCUCUUUGCGUCAGGAUGCGCUGGCAGUCACACUGUGGCUGGCCCCCAUUGUCUGGGAAGGAGCCUUCCAUUCUGAGAUCCUAGACAGUGCCUACAGGCCACUGAAUCUCACCCUCAGGGUGGCAGCCUUUGCUGUUGGAAAAUGCAUAAGGUUUGUGGGCCACUUCUGGGAAUCAGCAGGGAAACAUCUCAGGAAAGGGUCUCCUGUGAACUGUUAUAUCUUCAUGGACAACCCUGAGACAAUUCCCGAUGUCCAGCUGCAGCCCGGACGAAGGGCUGUCCCAUCAAGAGAUAGCACUGUCCCCAUCAAGAGAUACCCCAGCUGGCAAGAGAUCUCCACGUGCAAGGAGGCCGUGAACAGGCCUAUCGCAGAGGUGAGCCGUCAGGAGGCGGCCUACCUCUGCUGCCUGGACACUGAUGUGGUGCUCCAUGCCUGGGGGCCUGAGGCCCUGGGUGAUACGGCAGCUCCCUCAAAGCCAGUUCCUUAUGAGAGGAGGAGUUCUUCAGCACCCUACAUCCCUGAGGAAGAAGGAGACUUCUACGGAGGAGCUGUGUUUGGAGGGCUGGUCAAGAAAGUCUGUGAGUUCACCCAGACUUGCCACAUGACCGUCCCGACGUACAAAGCCAGUGGGAUCAUGGCAGCCUGGCAGGAAGAAAGCCAUCUCAACAGGCACUUCCUCUCCCACAGACCCUUCAAGGUACUUUCUCCAGAGUAUUUACGGGAUGACAGGAAGCCAAAGUCCCCUGAGAUUCACAUGGUGGAUAAAAACUACAAAGAGAUACGAGAUUGA